AUGACUCUUUUCAAAAUCCAAUGCACCGCAUGUAAAGUGUUGGAUCAUAUUAUUCCUCCUACUACCGAAUCUUCCACCACCUCAUAUUCUACCACCGCAUCCUCCUCUCAUGAUGCAGAGUGGCUGCGUAUCGAUGCAAUUGUGCUUCAAUGGAUUUACAACACCAUCACCCCCAGCUUGUUAACUACCAUUUUACAGCCUAAUAAUACAGCUGCCCAAGCCUGGACUGCCCUAGCACGCAUCUUUGUUGACAACAAACCAACCCAAGCCGUUUUUCUUUGCCAAAAAUUCAGCAACACUAAGCUUUCUGAUUUCUCGUCGGUUUCAGCAUAUUGUCAAGAGCUAAAAGUCUGA